CAGGAGCAGCAGGAGGAGGAGGAGGAGUCCCGGGCUCGUUUUGUCGUGGGCCUUCAGUCGCCCGCUCGCUCUCGCUGUGGCUCGCUGGCUCGCUCGCUCAUCCGCCCCUCUUUGUCGUUCUCGGCCUCUCGGCCCGAUCGAUGCCUUCAUAAGGUCCAUGGGCGACAGUAAGCCUCGACGCACCUCUUGCACCUCUCGCACCCUCUGCAUCUCCACUCCUUCUCCCCCUCCUUCUCCCUCUCCCCCCCUCUCUCUCUCUCGCUCUUCUCCCAUUUCGUGUCAUUUCUUUCCAUCGUCCUUUCAUCAAUCGCGGUCGUUCAUCCUUCGUCGUCGUCACUCAUUGUCAUCCGUUCUCGUGUAUUUCGUCUCAGUGCACACACCCGAGCCAUCAUCAAUAUAAAACCCCAUACCAUUUCACCGUUUGGCCCAAUCUGUUCACCACCAUUCACGAGUUGAAAAAGUUUCUCUGAAAACCUGUACCUGUGUAUUGUACAUACAGCAGCAGUUCGGAUCUUUGGCUUCUCCGGCCGAGUUCCAUUGCUACUCGGCGUUAGAAAAUUGAAUCGUCAGGAGUUUGGAUUUGCGGGAGGAAUCACCUCGUUUCGAAGCGGAGGGAGGCAGAUUUUAGUGAGCGGAGCCUUAGCAAACAUUCGACGCGGAGAGAUCCAUAGUGUAGUGCUAGUGCGGUGCGGUGUGGUGCGGUGAUUGCAGCGCGGUGCAGGGCUGAGCCAGGCCCAGUUCUGUUGGUGCUGCGAAUCAUUCGUUCACAUUUCGCUAAAACCAGAUAAUUUCGAGUUCCCCGAGCGUUUUGAUGAGAUGCUGUUUUGCGUCCAUCGUAUUUCGUCGUUCUUUUUCUUUGAUAGCGUUGGAUAGUAGUAGCAGUAGUAAUAGUUUCGGUGCGUUUUAGUCCAGCAGCUUCGCGCUUUCUCCCCCUCAUUCGGCGACUUCAUCACCUCGAGUUCAGAAACCCCCUUCCAUCGCCUCAUCCAGCAAUCGUAUCGAGAAGUGGUCGCCAUGCCUGGACUGUUGACACUUCGCCCGGGCCUCGGCUCGGCCUCGAAAACGGCCAAAAGCGCCGGGUCCAAAAAUGCUGUCAGUUCGUCGUCGUCGAGGACCGAGAAGGGCCGCGAUGACAGGUCGCUCGUAGUGCAGAGCGGCCGGGCUCCCUCGGCUGCAGCAGGAGCAUUUGUGCGGCACGGGGGUGCCUUCAGGGCGCCGGCGUUCAGCCGUGCGGCCCCGAUGGUUCCUCAAGUGCCUCUCGCGGGGCAGCCCGCGCGGCCCAAGCAGGUCAAUGAUCCCAUGGGCGACGUGCUGAAGGCCAAGCUGCGCACGAGCCACGGGCUCGACAUUUCGCAGCGCGUCGGCAGCAACUACAGCAGCAGCGGCAGCAAGCACGAAAUCGACUCCGUGUGCCUGGCGGAGAUGGUGCACGAAUUCAUGGAGGACGACGAAGAGGAGACGGGCAAAUGCGGCCGCGCCCGCUGCAAUUGCGACAGCGGCUCGUGCGGCGACUCUUCCCAGAGCGCUGACGCCGACGACGCGAAAUCCACCCUCGGCGGAGAGAUCGCGGAGGUUCUCCAGGGGUUGAUUCCAUGCGUCAGUGCCACCGAGAGCGCGAUUCUGGCCGCUGUCAGCUCGGCUGUCCAGAAGUUCGACGACCAGUCCGAGUCGGACGAGGACGGGAAGGCAGAGCGCAGCUUCCUCAUGCGCGGGGUCAUGAGCAGCCUUCGAUCGUCCGGCUACAAUGCCGCGAUCUGCAAGUCGCGAUGGGAGCACGCCGGGGGCUUUCCAGGAGGUGAUUACGAGUACACUGAUGUAAUCUUGGGAGGUCUCGGUGCCCUCACGGAGAGGAUCAUCGUCGACAUUAACUUCAAGUCGCAGUUCGAGAUCGCUCGUCCGACCCCGCAAUACGCUGCGCUUCUGCAAAUCGUGCCCGCCAUCUUCGUGGGCAAGGCCGAUCGGCUGCAGCAGAUUGUGAAUAUUUUGUGUGACGCCGCGAAGCGAUCGCUGAAGAAGAAGGACAUGCCCGUGCCUCCGUGGAGGAAGGCCGAGUACAUCAGGGCCAAGUGGUUCACCUCGUACCGGCGAACGACCAACGAAGCUCCCGCCAGCUCCAGCCGCGAGCACAACGGGGUCGAUUUCGGACGCAUGGGCGGGUUCAUCGGCGUCGGCCGCGACUCGCGGUUCACCGCGGAGAUGGAGACGAGCUUCCAAAAGGCCGCCGACCAACGAAAGGUGCUGCGCGAGAGCAAUGGCAUUGACUGGACCAACAAGCAGCCCACGUCGGCGAUGGCUUUCAAGAAGCAGGAAGGGACGACGGAGCCGGAGGGCGUCGUCCGAGGCGCCCACCACAUGCUCUCGGGCUUGCGACUCGUCGAGAAGAGGAUCCCUCAGUCGUCGGUCUCAGCUCUGGAGAAGAAGGAUUUCGCUGUAGCGGGCAGAUAGUGGCAAGCACCGAGUGAGAACGUGGAACUUUCACCGCGACGAGCUCCGAGGAUAGUGCGCGGACACGGCGUCGCCAUCGCUGGAGGCGGGGGAGAUCUGGCCGCCACAGCUGCUCUCCCAAGAGCAGCGACCGCGACGACUUUGUCGGCUUGGGGACGUGAUUGGAGGGGACAGUUCUAUUCGGUGGCGAUUUAGUAGAGGAAUGAUUUUUUGACGUUUGAUAUUUAAGUUUAGGCAUUCACACACAUACACACAUUGGCUGUGGACACUUCGGAAAGAAAAAGAGAAGGAGAACCACGCCUGUACAUUAUGUACCAAUUCAUCAUGUAUAUUGUCCAUAGUUGAUGUGUCAAUCACCGUUUAUAGUCAAGAGGAUUUGGCUCUUGAUUUCGCUUCGGCCUUGGGAGUAGGGUCUUGAACCUCCGGCGCUGGACAGCAAGCAAGCAUCGGCGAGGCCGAUGGCUUUUACGCGGGCAGCAGCACGAUAGGGGAGAACAUCACUGCCGAGGCGGGGCGAAGUGUACCAGUAUGAGAGCAGCAGCAACGACGAGGUUGUAAAGCCUAUUAUUCCACAUGGAACUGCUUGCCGGAGUAGAGGCUUGAGUAUCCAGGUUUUGUUCCGAGAUGACUGAAUAAUGAGCGAGGAUGCGGCUAUUCGCUAGGAACCAUGAAACGAUUAAAUUUGAGGGUGGUCUUGGGAGGUACAACAGAAAAAUUAUCUGUAUUUUUUUCUUGGCCCACUCCAGCAGGCGAUUUUGUUUAAAUCGUUAGGAUUUGUUAUGAUUUUACACAUGCUAGGUGUAGAUGGCGAUUUGUAAGUAUCAUGUUAUCAUCCACAGAAAGAAACGACGUGGAUAAAGGGUGGGAUGCGCUCCCACUCACGGUGUUUGAGUAUCUUUUGAGCGGUUUUGGCAUUUCAGCUCUAAGCCGGAGCCAUGUAGUAGAGAUGCCAACAAUCUGGCUGCAACCAGCAAUCAAAACUUGUAGCCAGGAAAUGACGAAUUCUAUUAUAAAGAGAUUGUAUUGUUCUCGUUGCAUC